GCCAGCCGGGGCUACGUCGGGGUGCGCGUGCGCAGUGCGCGGCGUUUGUUCAGACCCGGAGUAAUGGGAGUGGGCGUUUGAUUCCAGCAGAUGAUGGCCCAUUUCUCCAGGGAGGACGAGGCGAUGCUGCAGGCGAUGCUGAGGCAGUUGUUUCAGAGCGUGAAGGAGAAAAUCACGGGUGCUCCCUCCCUGGAGUGCGCCGAGGAGAUCCUCUUACAUCUGGAGGAAACUGAUGAAAAUUUUCACAACUAUGAAUUUGUGAAAUACCUUAGACAGCAUAUAUGUAAUACGUUGGGGGCUAUGAUUGAAGAAGAAAUGGAAAAAUACACAUCUGAUCAGAAUCAGGUUGAGGAAUCUGGCUAUGACACGGUUGUACAGCAUGUUACUAAAAGAACUCAGGAAUCUAAAGAGUACAAAGAAAUGAUACAUUCCCUGAAGAGCACUAUGAUUGUUGUGGUGGACUCUAUGAUUAACAGGUUUGAGGAAGAUGAGAUACAAAGUCAAGAGAGACAGAAAAAAAUACAAAAGGAGAAAAGCAGUAGUUAUUGCACAGACAAUUGCUCUGAUAGUGAUUCAUCAUUCAAUCAGAGUUACAAAUUUUGUCAAGGAAAAUUACAAUUGAUUUUAGAGCAGUUGGAUCCUGGGCAACCUAAAGAGGUGAGAUAUGAAGCCUUGCAAACGUUAUGUUCAGCUCCUCCAUCUGAUGUCCUGAACUGUGAAAACUGGACCACUCUCUGUGAAAAACUGACAGUGUCUCUUUCAGAUCCUGAUCCUGUGUUUAGUGACCGGAUUUUAAAAUUCUAUGCACAGACAUUUACACUUUCACCGUUACACAUGACCAAGGAAAUUUAUACAAGCUUAGCAAAAUAUUUGGAGUUAUACUUUCUUUCUAGAGAAAAUCGUAUUCCUACUCUUUCUGCUGGUGUAGACAUAACUAAUCCUAAUGUGAUCCGCUUACUUAAAAAGGUUCGUCUUCUAAAUGAAUAUCAGAAAGAGGCUCCAUCUUUCUGGAUUCGUCACCCAGAGAAGUAUAUGGAAGAAAUUGUGGAGAGUACUUUGUCCUUAUUAUCAGUUAAACAUAAUCAAAGCCAUCAUGUCUCACAAAAGAUUUUAGAUCCGAUCUACUUUUUUGCAUUAGUUGAUACCAAGGCUGUGUGGUUCAAAAAGUGGAUGCAUGCAUAUUAUAGCAGAACUGCAGUACUAAGACUUCUUGAAAAGAAAUAUAAGUCUCUGAUAACUACAGCAAUUCAGCAGUGUGUUCAGUACUUUGAACUGUGUGAGACCAUGAAAGCUGAGGAAGCUUUGGGACACUCAAAGCAUUGUAGAAACAACCAGAGAACUUUCUACUACUUAGGACAAGAAUUACAAUACAUUUAUUUCAUUCAUUCAGUGUGCCUUUUAGGAAGAUUAUUGGUCUAUACACAAGGCAGAAAACUAUUUCCUAUAAAGCUGAAGAAUAGGAAAGAUUCAGUAUCCCUUACAGACCUUCUGGUUCUAUUUAUCCAACUUAUCUAUUAUUCACCAAGUUGUGCAAAGAUGACAUCAGUUGUACAUUCAGAGAAUUACUCUCCUGGAAAUAUGGUGACUGAAGUUCUUCGGAUACUCUGUGAUCAAAAAGAAUGUGCAAUCGAAUGCUUAUGUAACAACACUGUGAUAGAGACCCUUCUUCAACCUAUUCAUAAUUUAAUGAAAGGAAGUGAGGCUGCUCCAAAUUGUUCUGAGACAGCUUUGAUUCAUAUAACUGAUAUCUUGGCAAGAAUUGCAUCUGUAGAAGAAGGACUUAUUUUACUUCUUUAUGGAGAAAAUAUGAACUCUUCAGAAGAAGAAAGUCCUACAGGUGCUCAUAUAAUUGCUCAGUUUUCGAAAAAACUUCUUGAUGAAGAUAUUUCUAUUUUUUCUGGAUCGGAAAUGUUGCCUGUCGUUAAAGGAGCUUUUAUUUCUGUGUGUCGUCAAAUAUAUAGUACAUGUGAAGGCUUGCAGGUGUUAAUUCCUUAUAAUUUGCAUGAAUCUAUAGCAAAGGCGUGGAAGAAGACAAGUUUGCUAUCAGAAAGAAUUCCUACCCCAGUAGAGGGUUCUGAUUCUGUUUCUUCAGCAAGCCAGGAAUCUCAGAACAUUAUGGCUUGGGAAGAGAAUUUGUUAGAUGAUUUAUUAAAUUUUGCUGCCACCCCCAAAGGAUUACUACUUCUUCAAAGAACAGGUGCCAUCAAUGAAUGUGUGACAUUUAUGUUCAGCCAAUAUGCAAAAAAAUUACAGAUCAGCAGGCAUAAAAAGUUUGGCUAUGGAGUUUUGUUUACACAAGUAGCAUCAACAGCAGCAGGAGCCAUAGCACUACAAAAUUCAGGAUUUAUUAAUGCACUUAUAACUGAAUUAUGGUCCAACCUGGAAUAUGGAAGAGAUGAUGUUAGAGUAAUCCAUCCGAGAUCUACUCCAGUGGAUCCUAUUGAUCGAAGCUGUCAAAAGUCUUUUCUAGCACUGGUGAACUUGUUAUCCUAUCCGGUUGUUUAUGAGCUGGUAGACAAUCAAGAUCUUCCUAAUAAAGCAGAAUAUUCUCUUCGUGAAGUCCCAACAUGUGUCAUUGAUAUUAUUGAUAGACUUAUAGUUUUGAAUUCUGAAGCCAAAAUUCGUUCAUUAUUCAACUAUGAACAAUCACAUAUCUUUGGCCUGAGGUUAUUAAAUGUGGUAUGCUGUGAUCUGGACACUCUUCUACUAUUAGAGGCUCAGUAUCAAGUAUCUGAAAUGCUGCUAAAUGCUCAGGAAGAAAAUAUCUUAGAGACUUCUGAGAACCACAGGGGCUUUAUAAUUGAUGGCUUAUCUGUGGAGAGAAAUCAUGUUCUUGUUAGAAUAAAUCUUAUUGGUGGGCCAUUGGAACGGAUUUUGCCUCCAAGGAUACUAGAGAAGGGUGAGGAUCCAUAUCCUUGGCCAAUGUUUUCAUCAUAUCCCUUGCCAAACUGCUAUCUUUCAGAAGUUACAAGAAAUGGUGAUACAAAACAAGAUAAUGAUCUUGGCAAGCUUUUAUUAUGCUUCAAAAUGUCCGAUAAACAAACUGAAUGGAUAGAAAACUGCCGAAGACAAUUUUGCAAAAUGAUGAAGGUGAAACCUGAUAUAAUUAGAGGGGGUGCUUUAGUAGAAUUACUUGAAAAAUUUGUGCUUCAUCUCACGGAAAGCCCUUCUGAAUGCUACUUCCCCUCAGUGGAAUAUACAGCUACCGAUGCAAAUGUGAGGAAUGAAAGUCUUUCAUCUGUGCAACAGCUUGGCAUUAAAAUGACUGUCAGGUAUGGCAAGUUCCUCAACUUGUUCAAAGAUGGUGCAGAAAAUGAUCUUACCUUGGUUUUAAAGCACUGUGAAAGAUUCCUGAGACAACAGCAAGGUUCUAUAAAAUCUUCUCUUCUCUGCCUGCAAGGGAGUUAUGCUGGCCAUGACUGGUUUGUAUCUUCUCUGUUCAUGAUAAUGUUGGGAGACAAACAGAAAACAAUCCAAUUUCUUCAGCAGUUCUCCAGGCUUUUAACCUCUGCUUUCCUUUGGUUGCCAAGACUACACAUUUCUAAGUACCUACCUGUUGACACUGUAGCAUCUGGCAUCCAUCCAAUAUAUUUUUGCAGCUCACAUUAUAUUGAAAUGCUACUGAAAGCUGAGGUGCCGCUUGUGUUUUCAGCUUUUCACAUGUCUGGUUUUGCACCAUCACAGAUUUGCCUGCAAUGGAUAACUCAGUGUUUUUGGAAUUAUUUAGAUUGGAUAGAAAUCUGCCAUUAUAUUGCUACUUGUGUUUUCCUUGGUCCUGAUUAUCAAGUGUAUAUCUGUAUAGCUAUAUUCAAACAUCUACAACAAGACAUUCUACAGCACACACAGACUCAAGAUCUACAAGUUUUCUUGAAAGAAGAAGCACUGCAUGGGUUUCGAGUGAGUGAUUAUUUUGAAUACAUGGAAAUUUUGGAACAAAACUACCGACCAAUGCUGCUGAGAGACAUGCGGAACAUUAGAGUGCAGAACACAUAGAUCAUGAGACACACAGCUUAAUUUUGUUUUAUUUAUUUUUAAACAAAACAAGGGACUUGAUUGUUUUCUAUCUGUAUCUGUAACAACAAAUGUUUCGUGAAUACACUGAUUGUAAAUCAAUACUAAGAGGUUGUGAAUAUAAUAAUAUAUUCAAGUAGGUAUUAGUUAAUUUGUGAAUUCAUUUUUAUAAGUGUGUUGUUUUGUAAGGUUGUUUUAGAAUCAGAUCUAGCUUACUUAUUGUUCUAAUUCAUGUUUCAGUGUUAGUCCCAAUGUACAUCUCCUUUUUCUCCAGAUAAUCAGAAUAUUUUUUCCAGUGAGUUUGGAAGAAGCAGCAAUAUUGUAAAUAAUUACUUGAAUAACUGCAGAGAGUCCAUAAAGACAAGGAAAAGACAGCUAUUUUCUGCAUACGUAAUGUCUGUACAUAUAAAGGAAAAUAGACAAAAACACAACGGCUUAUUUCACAUGUGCAGGAACAAAUGAUAUUUAUUAUGGCAAGAAAUAGAAAAACUGUUGUACUUGGAUAUAAUUGUUUUUCUAGGAGUUGCUUUUGAUACCUAUAUCAAUUUAUAAAUUUUCAUUUGAAAUAUAGUCUUUACAUGGUUCAUUUAAAAGACAGAUUGGUUAUUUCAUACUGAUAAGCAUUCUACUCCUAUUUGUUAUGCAUUUUUCUUAGUAAUAGAUUUGAUUUGUACUGAACUUGAAAACAUUAAGGAGAAUAGAUUUCUAAAUUAUUUUAAAUGACUAACACUGUGUUUUAUUUUAUUUAAAUAGAAAUCUGUGCACCAGUAAGAAUAAUACAAUAUGUUAGGGUCUAUGUUUUUAUAAGUGUCACAUUUAGUAUAUGAAAAAUAAUACACAAAUAUAUUAAGGUAUUAAUUUUUCACUCACCAAUUUAUUUCAACAGGCGUUUUUUAAAUUAUAGAAGUCAUUUUGUAUUCUUUACUUAUAUCUAAAUAUCUUAUAUCAACUAUUAAAACCAUUCGGAAACUAACUCUACUUUUUCUUUUCAACCAAACAUAGAUCACCCACAAACUCAUUUUUCCUUUUAGCAUGAUGAAACAACUGGCACUAUAUAGUUUUCAAUUUUGUGAUAUUUAGGCUAUUGCAAUAUCAACCUUCCAAAAUCAAGUUUUAUGCUGUAAAUGCCAACAAUAGCUUCUCAGUAAUGGUGUUCCUAAAGGGCAUUGUAAAGUUGAGAAAAGUAAUUUGAGCAAGUUAAUUUGAUGUAUUGCAUACUUUCACUCCAGCUGAUGUGAGUUAAAUAAGAGAGUCCUAGAUGAUUCAAAAAACCAAACUUUGUCCACUUGCAAUCUUAACUUUGAAAAGAUGUCCCAUGGAACUUGUAGUGUAUGUUUAUGGUUCCAUUUCUACCAUUCUGUUCCUGAGUUAUUGCUAUAGGUCUUGAAAAACUUGGAGCUUUAUUUCUUUUUGUAAUCUUUUACACAGUAGUUGGAAAUACAAAUUGAAAAGAAUGAACUGUAAUUUUAGUAUAUUCAUUGAUGAGUUUUAUUGGAAACUGAGGUAAGAUCUAUAUUCUAACAAUUACAUUUUUAAAAAAGUAAUUUCAUUUGGAGCUAGAAGGCUUUCAUUUUCAUUUGAUAAAUAAGAACUAUCUUAUGAACAGUGACCUAGCAAUUUGUUUGGUGGAGGAAUAUGUAAAAUGUGGUAGUUUGUGUCACUGCCAUUAUGAGUCAUUUUUAUAUUUAUUUUUAUUUUAAGAGUACCCUUUAGGAUAAGAAUACCCUGUCUUUCCCCUUGGUUUUGUUUUUAAUUAUUUAAAGUAUAUGUCCUUAGAACAGGCUUUAAUUCUAAUGUGUGAAGGGGUAACUUAUACAUUUUACAGUACUCAAUUAUAAUAAAAAAUUAUAUUUUAUGAUAUAAUGGAAACAAAUUUGUGAAAAUUUCAGUACUCAUAUAUAAAUCUUUAUCUUCUUUUAAAAUUUCAUAUUUAUAGUAUAUCUCCAUGAUUUAUAGGGAUUUAAAGUAUCUGUGAUGGUAAAAUAAGCCUUAGAAAUUCAUCUAAAUUUUAUAGCAGGGUUCUACCUGAAUUUACGAUUAGUAAAUAAUUGUGUGCUCUAGUUUGAUUUUCCAAUUUCCAGAUGUUAAAGAAUUUUCUCUGCUCAUUCAUUAAACAGACAUGUUUUACAAGCUAUACAUAUAACAAAAUAUUUUUAAUAUUCAAGAUAGCAGGAUAAAUGAGAUACAGCAUUUCCACCCAGAGUUCACAGUGUACGUGGGGAGAUGAAUAAUUUUAAAAUCAUGGAGAUAUAGUGAUAAAGAUGACAAGAAUUGAUCUCUGGAUUUGGGACCUUGAUAAGAGCAGUUUUGACGAAGUAUUGGGGGCAAAAGUAUGAUUGGAUUGAAUCUAAAUUACGCUGAGAAGGGAUUUUUGUAAACUGCUCAUUAUACAAGUAUUUCUGUAAAGGGAAGGAGAAAAGGAGUGGUAGCUAAGAUGCUUUUGUUUUUUGGAUUUUUUUUUUUUUGAGAUGAGAAAUGGAAGCAUGUUUAUAUUUCGAUGGAAAUAAUGCAGUAGAGAGGGAAAAUUUGAUAUUGGAGAGCAAAAGUCAGAGUCAAUGUCAUGAGUAGAAGAGAGAAGAAAGAAAUUUAAUUAAUAAGUGGCAGAAUUAGCCUUUGCUAGGAGCAAGACACUUCAUUCAAAGUAACAGAAGAGGAAA